GUUUUGAGUUGGCAAAUGUCAAUUUAUCGGUGAUACGUACCUACAUUAAGAAAUUCAUUUAAUAUAACUUUUUGAGUUGAUUCUAGUACUUAGUAGGAAUCAUUCAUAAGUUAAACAUGAAUUUAAAAGUAUUAUUGUUACUAACAAUAACUAUAACAUACUAUGAAGGAGCUGCGCAACCUCGAGCUAAAGGGAUUGAGGAGAAAGUGCAGCAGUUGACUGAUAUUACAGCAAAGAAGUCUGUAAUUCCAUUAAACAUAAAUAAGUUUAAGGAAUAUGUGAAGUCUCCUCCAAGGGAUUAUUCAUUUGUAGUGAUGUUCACUGCAAUGGCACCUGCAAGAAGGUGUGCUAUCUGUCAGCAUGUUAACGAUGAAUAUUUGUUGGUGGCCAACUCAUUUAGAUUCUCAGCUGCUUACAAUAAUAAAUUAUUCUUUGGUAUUGUUGAUUUUGAUGAAGGCUCAGAUAUCUUCCAAAUGUUACGGCUUAAUACUGCACCUGUGAUAAUGCACUUCCCAGCUAAAGGCAAACCUAAGCCUGCUGACACAAUGGACUUUGAGAGAGCUGGCAUCCAUGCUGAGGCCAUCGCUAAGUGGAUACAGGACAGAACUGAUGUACAGAUUCGAGUCUUCCGAUCACCAAAUUACUCAGCGGCUGUAGCUUUUUCAACUCUCUUCAUCAUAUUGGCUGGUUUUCUUUAUAUCCGUAGAAACAACCUCGAGUUCCUCUACAAUAAACAGUUAUGGGCAGUUUGUGCUGUGUUCUUCUGCUUUGCAAUGGUGUCUGGGCAGAUGUGGAAUCAAAUUAGAGGCCCACCAUUUUUCCAUAGAACAAAAACUGGCCCGGUCUAUAUAAACGGGGGAUCACACGGACAGUUUGUAUUGGAGAGUUACAUUGUUGCUAUACUGAAUGGGGCUGUGGUUGUGGGUAUGAUCCUAAUGAUUGAAGCAGCAGGUGGAGUUAAAAACCAUGACCUAACACGAACCCUGGCCGAAGGGAAGCGUCGAAGGUUCCAGUCAGUUGUUGGUCUAAUAUUAGUCUGCGUGUUCUUCUCACUGCUUUUAUCAGUAUUCAGAGCAAAGACGCAAGGAUAUCCAUAUAGUUUCUUGUUCAAGUGAGAAAAUUACUAUGCAAGAGACCAACGUCGUCCCCUAUUUAUAUUUUUAAAAUAUAUCUCACAAGUAAAUUUAAUAAAUGGAAGAACUCUUUUUUUGAUCUGAGUCAUUGAGUUUAAUGGCUAUAGAUUUUUUCAAGUGUGUGAUGUUUGAAACUUAUAUUAAUUACGUUGGUCAAUAAAGUUAUAAA